AUGUCCGUCCUAAUAGUGUACGUGGAUGAUAUAAUAGUUACAGGUGAUUUCACAGAUGAGAUGGUUGAGCUAAAGAAGACUCUUGCUAACCAAUUUGAGAUUAAAGAUCUAGGAAAUCUCAAGUAUUUCCUCGGAAUGGAAGUGACAAGAUCAAGUACAGGAAUCUCUGUUUCACAAAGAAAGUAUGUCUUAGAUUUACUCAACGAGUGUGGAAUGCUAAGAUGCAAACCAGUGGACACUCCUAUGGUGAAUAUUAAAAGGUUUAAAAUGGCAGAGAUGGGUGUUCUAGUGGAUAUCAGAGACAUUAGUUUUUCAGUUAGUGUUGUAAGUCAAUUCAUGAAUGACUCAAGAGAAGAACACAUGGAAGCGGUCAACUGGAUCCUGAGAUACUUGAAUUUAACCCUUGGUAAAGGGUUAUUCUUCAACAAAGGCUCCAGCCGAGAGGUGCAAAUUUACAGUGAUGCUGAUUGGGCAGGUUCGGUUACAGACCGAAGAUCUACAUUUGGUUAUUGUACCUAUGUGAGGGAAAUCUAG